CCACACAAUAUAUCACCUUAGAAUCAACAAUGAACCUGUCGCAUGUCGCGGUUAGGCUACCAUCGGGUACCACUUCUGACUACGCGUUCUGCGCUCGCGAGUUACUUAAGUCAGUUCACAAUUACGCGUUGCUAUGGCAACACCAUCAACGGCGCACCUCUUCUGUUUUUCGAUCGUCGAUUGUUUCGCGUUCGCGUGUGCCGCACUCUAGAUCGUGAGGUGCGUAUAAGCGUGCGUGUCGCGUCAACGUACCGCGUGCGUGAGGUGUCUUAGUUGUUUUUGGUUUGAGCCGGAAGGAUAUUGAACAGUUUUUUUGGAAAUGAAGCGCGGCUGUUAAACUCGUGCGGAGGGUGUUGUUCGGAUUUUUUGUGGGGUUGUGAUCUUGAAGUUGAAGUUAAGAUACAGUCAAGUGCAAAAUCGAAUAUGUUGCACAUAUCCUCAACUUUCGAAAAUUCGCUAAGACGCGACGUGACCUCAAGUCCGGUCAGCAAGAAACAUACCUCUUGCAAAGGCACAGCUCACGGAACUGGAAACUAUGCUCCGAAACCAGAUAAAGAAUGUGACCUCGUCCAUAGUCCUUUCCAAAGGACUGACUCGAAACGAUGGUCAAAAAGAAAUAAGAAAAGUGGUGAAAACGAAAACGAAGAACCGUUCCAAAGAACCUCUUCAGGCAGAUGGUCUGGCAGAAGCGCUAAGGGUAAACCAGAUAGUAAAACAGCAAGUGUUAGCUCCGAGUUUAGCGAGUCAGACUCUUUAGAUUCUGUUGGGGAUAAGACCAAGAGCUCUGACACUAUAGAUGAUGGACUGAAGAAACUAGAUGAUGUUUCUAGUAGAUUGUUUAAGAACGUAACGAAAUCUUCUAUAGCAAAAACUGCCAAGAUGAGGCAUCUAGAUAUCUUCGACGUAGAUGAUAAUACUUGGAUGGGUGGUCUGAGAAAAAGUACAGCUGUAGAAGAUUUGAGCAAGCAGAAACCUCCAGCAGACCUAGAGAGCCCAUUUUGCAGGUCCCGAAAUAAUUCCUAUAGAAGAAAAUCGACUGAUUCAAACACUACGGAGAAUGGUAAUUCGAAGCCUCCAAGUGGACAUCAAGAAAACGGUUUUGCACGAAGCAAAAAUGGGUCAGUUAAAAAGAAAAAUGAGUUGGUGAAUGGGUUUGGGGCGAGGAAUAGCUUCAAAAGGACAAGUUUUAAUAAGAAGCUGACGAAAAUCAAGGCGAUUCCUUACGAUGAAAUUUUGUUCAUGAGUAACAUCAGGAAGACGGCUGGGUUUUUUAGUAUCGCUGACAAGAAUAAUUGUUUCAAGGAUUUCGGGGAAUUGGUGGACAAGAAGGAAAAUGGAGAGGCGAAAUCAGAGGAACAUUUGGCGAACGAAAAACUAUGGUUAGAGUCGGAAAAACUAUGGCUAAUGCACAGAGGUGGAUUCACGGCAGCGUACAAGGAAACAGAAAACAGUCAGGAACCUGGAAAAUUGAAGAUACGAUUAGAAACUACAGGAGACGUAUUAAGCGUCGACGAAGAUGAUAUUGAAAAGGCAAAUCCACCUCAAUUCGAUAGAGCCGAAGACCUCGCUUCACUCCGACAUCUUAAUGAAUCGAGUAUCCUGCACACGUUACGUCAGCGUUACGCGUCGAACCUCAUUCAUACCUACGCUGGAUCCGGCACCCUGUUGGUCAUAAAUCCGAUGGCGCCACUGGCCAUAUACUCGGAAAAGGUGGUGUCUCUUUUCAAAGGCUGCAAGUCAGAAGACAUGCCACCCCACAUCUACUCGAUGGCCCAAGCGUCCUAUCACAGCAUGGUAUCAACGAGAAGAGACCAAAGUUUAGUGUUUAUUGGCAGAUCUGGGUCCGGUAAAACGACGAAUUUCAGGCACUGCGUCCAGUAUUUGGUUACAGCUGCUGGGGCUAACAACAAGGUGCUAACACCGGAGAAGUUGACUGCUCUUUGGUUUCUUUUGGAAAGUUUUGGUAAUUGCAAGACUGUGAUGAACACAAACGGUACACGGUUUACUCAGAUCUUUAGCUUGGAUUUCGAUCAAGCUGGAGUCAUUGCCUCGGCGAGUUUGCAAAUAUUUAUGUUGGAAAAGACGAGAGCUGUUAGAAAAAUCGAUGGGGAAACUACGUUUCAUAUGAUGUACAGAAUGCUAUGCGGUGUGGAAGGCCAUCUGCGGAAGGAACUCUUCUUGGAUAACCUGUCAGGCAACGAGAACAACCAAUUUAUGACUUAUCUUCAAAAACACGAAGACAAGCAAAGAGCUCAAAUGGAAUUCGCAAAGGUCUGCACUUCAAUGAACGUUUUAGGCAUCAGCGAGAGUGAGCAAAAAGUGAUAUUUUCCGUUCUGGCCGCCAUUUUUCAUCUUGGCUGCGCUGGAGUUGCUAAAGUACCAUCGUCAGGACCCGCUGGCAACCGCCCAGCCCAAUUCGCCAGUCCGGCAGCCGCCCAACGCGCGGCCCAUCUUCUAGGCACCACCGCCGAAGAAUUGGCACGUUCCGUGUUUUCUGCGGGUCCCAGAACGCCGCCAUCGCCCACCCCAGGAACCGAUCACCAUCACUAUUCGCACAGAAAUGGGGCGGGGGCUACACUAGACGCCGCCCCCGAUGCGCUAGAGGCUUUUGCUGCCGCCCUGUAUGCAGAGCUGGUUAAUUGCGUGGCGCAUCUCAUUAACAGGUCUCUAGCAUCCCCCACAUACACAGUAUCUUCAAUCCUCCUAGUGGACACCCCAGGCUUCCAAAACCCAGCGACCUGCGGUCGACAAGUGGGCGCUUCCUUCGAGGAUCUGUGUCACAACUAUCUGCAGGAACGCCUACAAUUGUUGUUCCACCACACCAACCUGGUCGCACCAAGAGAUAGGUACUUGCAGGAGAACAUCGAUAUUGUUUAUGACGAGAACGAAACCGAGACUUUGAUCAACCCGACGCCUCUGGUUAACUUGUUGGAUAAGCAGGCGCAGAAUACCGUCAUUAGGACGUCGCAGAUGGACCUACACGAAGCCGACAGAAGAGGCCUUCUAUGGCUCCUAGACGAGGAGGCAAUCUACCCCGGCUCGUCAGACGAGUCCUUCAUCGAAAGACUGUUUACGCAUUACGGCGACAGGGACCACCAAUUGCUCAUCAGGAAAGCACCAGGCAACAACCAGUUCAUAAUUCAACACCUGCAAGGGACCAAUCCGGUACUCUACUGUGCCAAAGGCUGGUUGAAGUAUAGCAGAGAGAACCCUGUUAGUAGAACGGCUAUUGCUAUCCUUCAAGAGAGCUCAAAAGAGGAAAUAAGCAACCUGUUUGUAUCAGUACGUGGUUUAGGAGCCUCAAGCUUUAGUGGUUCUUUAGUUGGAAUAGAAGGUUCUCAAUCUUUGAGGAGAGCUAGCAGUAUCAGAAGAACAUUCACGGCAGGCACUGCAGCUAUGAAAAGGAAGAGCAUAUGCUUACAGGUCAAAUUUACGAUAGAUGGUCUCAUAGAAACUCUCAGAAGAACGAAGCUCAGGUUCGUCCAGUGCCUUCUACCUCAACAUAACGCUGGUCUGUGCGAAGCGAAUGCUCCCCUCAUUGCCGCAAAAACAUCUUCAGGACAACAUGAGGACAAUUUGAUCAACGUGCCUCUCCUCAGAUCGCAGAUAAGGGGAGCUCAAAUCCUGGACGCAGUCAGACUGUACAAGCAAGGAUUCCCUAACUUCAUGCCGCUUGGUGAGUUCAGGAGAAGAUUCCAUUUGCUGGCAGGUGAUUACAAAGUUACCAGUCCUGUUCUGGACGAGAGGAAAGCAGUCGAAGAUAUGCUGCUCGCGCUGGAUUUGGAGCCGUCGAGCUACAGGGUCGGACUCAGUCAGGUGAGUUACGAAAUAAUAGUAUAA